AUGAUUAACAACGAACGCGGGGAGUUCAGCCAGCUCCAAGCUCGCUCGACGAUCGACCUAGCCUUCCCACCACCUCCCGUCGCCCACCCCUUCGCCGAAUGGGACCCGGUGAACGGAGGGUACAUCUGGAACCACCCACCGAUGGCAGCCGACCCACACUGGCGCCCGAAUGCGUCACCACGGAGAUCUGGUGGCCCCCCGUCGGACGCCGCCCACUCUGACGAUAAUAGCUUCUACGCAGCCUCCUUCGACGACGUGAUCAGGAGCUACAGGAGCCCCCCGCCGGGUCUGUCUGAGGUGUCCCCCGUACAUCGUACCACGACAAAUGCCCCUCCUCGCGCGCCCACGCAACCUCUCCCACCGUCAGCACCCGGCGGCAUAAUGAACCAGACCCAGGGAACACAGCCCGGGCUGAGCACGCGUACGCAGGACUUCCUCGCAAUGAACGUCGACCUAUCGAGCGAUCCUAAUGGAAGUAUCCUUGCCCCGCCAUGGCACAAGGAGCCUGGAAGGCCCAGGAGAGUCUUCACCGAGAACGCGAGCCUGCGGUACAAACCCUACCCCGGCUCGUCGGGCCGUCAGAUGCCCAUUGCCGCUCCUUCUCCACGAAGGCCGACGUACGCGACACAGCCCAUUGCCCCUGUCUUACCAACCACUCCGCGCCCACGUAGCCACGCCCCCGCUCAACGCUUCGAACAACAGCCAGGCGACAGGGCGGAGUCCAGAGCGUCGGUACUCACGUACGUCUCGGUCAGACCCGCCAACGAUAGACGCCCCUCACCGAUCGACGUGGACGCUAUGAGCAUCGAAGGAGAUGGCAUCGAGAUCACCCACCCUCCGAUCUUCCAAAACGCCCAGCCGGCCGUCAACCCGGCCGCCCAGCCACAAGCUUUCCCGCAGUUCGCUUUCCAGCCGGCCCCCCAGCCUCCAUCUCCUAUGCUCCCCGACUUUCAGCCGGCCAUUUUCGACAACGAGGCACCGCCUGACCCUCUUGACGACCAUGCUGAACAUGUCCUCAACCACCUUGACAACCCUGUUGAGGGUCCUGCGAGCGGCAUCGACUGGGCAACCGUGGAGUUCACGGCCGAACCAGAAGACAAAUGGCGGCGGAUCCAAUUCCGCACUCCGGACGGUAUGUUCGAGGGUCAGUCGGAGGCCCAGGUGAAGAAAUGGCGGGCCCUAGCUGCAAACGUCCACUGCGUCCUGGUGAUGUUUGCUGCGCAUGGGGCGUGCGAUCGCGACAACGAGUACUGGACGCGUAUCUCUCUACUCCAUGAGCUCCUUCGCUACCGUUUCGGCGUCCCCGAGAGGCUGCUUGCACCAGAACUGGCCCCUGGCAGACGCCAAGUCGACAACACGGGCCCAUGGUGCUUCCUCGUCCCUAACAUCUCCGAGAUACAAGAACUUGUCCUGACGGGCUUCGGAUGGUGCUCGUCGCGCCACAUCUCCGUCUACUUCAUGCGCUUUCCUCCGCCGCCUCCGGAUUUCCUCACCAUCUUGGACGGCUCGCUAGCCUUCAUGACGACAGAGCCCGCGAUCGCACGAAAGAUUGUCGUCGCGAGUUUCCUGCGGGAGCCUCUCUUCUCGACCACGAUCGACACGAUCAAGGACGACAAGAGGGCUGGUGCGAAAGGCAAGUGGGGUGAGACCCCGAUAAAGGACGCCUUCAGGUCGAUCGUCGAAUCAAUCAAGGUCCGCGUCAUGCCACGAAAACUCUCGAAAGGCACGCCCAACCCCCUCUUUGUCAUCUACUGCGACCCGCCGACUCUAAACGCGCGCGGUUGGACGACUUUCCGUGAAGCCGUUCUGCGACAACCCUUCGGAAUGGUGGGCGGAGCCGCGGCCAUCGUCUUCACCGAAGAAUUCCGGUGCACGCUGUGCCACUCCACCGACCACAAGGUAGGCCUGUGCGACCUCCCCAAGCUGGAAGACUGGUACGGCCCGCGCCCCGCCGAGGACGGCCAGCAGCAGCCGACUGCUCCCGCUCGCGGAAACUUCAACAAACGUGGCGGCAACGCUAAGAGGGGUGGCGGGCAGAGCAACGACCGCAACCGGGGCCGCAAAGGCAACGCAGCGGCGAGCGGGAGUGGCCAGAACAUCGACGCGACCACCCACGCUGCCUUCGCGCGCGCGGCUGGGAAGAGCUGGUACAACAAGAAGUAG